AUGAGCCAGAUUCCAGUCAUCGACUUUGCACCGUUCCGUGAUGGAAGCCCAGAAGAUGCAGAGGCGACAGGGAAGAAGAUCUUCGAGGCCUUUCGAGAUGUUGGAUUCGUCUACUUGAAGAACCACGGCGUCCCUCAGGAGGUUGUUGAUGAGGCGUUUUCCUGGAGCAAAAAACUGUUCGACCUUCCACUGUCUGAGAAGGAAAAGGCGCCUCACCCGCCAGAGGGAUGGUGGCAUCGAGGCUACUCCGGCAUAGGCCGCGAGAAGGUGACCCAGAUGGUGUUUGACAGCGACACCCUCGGCGAGCUCCGCAAGAUCCCCGACGUCAAGGAGUCCUUCGAGAUGGGACGAGAGGAUGACGAGACCACCCCCAACAUCUGGCUGCCAGAGUCGACCAUCCCUGGGUUCCGUGCGUUCUUCAACAACUUCUUCGAGAUCAACCAUGAUGUUGGGCAGGAAAUAUUGCGCGCAGUGGCGAUAGGGAUGGGGCUUGACAGGGACUUUUUCGAGUCGUACCAUACGAUGAAAGACAACCAGACCAGACUGCUUCACUACCCUCCCGUGGAAGAGGAGAUGCUUCGUCAGGGCGAAAAAGAGCGUGUAGCUGCUCACACUGACUUUGCUACGAUGACUCUACUUUUCCAGGACGACGUUGGCGGGCUGGAAGUCGAAGAUAUCCACCAAACGGGGGUGUUCAAUCCUGUUCCAUACAUCCCUGGCACUAUGGUGGUGAACAUUGCAGAUUUCCUUAUGAGAUGGAGUAACGAUACGCUUCGGUCGACGAUGCAUCGGGUCAGGGCUCCGCCAGUGGUGAACGUGGAUGAGAACGGGCGGGAGAAGGAUGGAGACUCGGGUGGUCGACGAAUGAGCCGGGCCAGGUACUCGAUUCCCUACUUCAUUGUCGCAGACAAGAACAAGGUGAUUGACUGCCUGCCUGGCUGCUAUGGUCCGGACAAACCCAAGAAGUAUGAGCCGAUUGCUUCAGGGGAUUAUAUCGCCAUGAGACUGAAUGCCAUCUCCUAG